AUGAGCCAGAGAAACAUCCAGCAGGACCGUCGCCGUCGCAAGCGCGUGAGCCUGGCUUGUGAGCCUUGCAGACGCAAAAAGUCGAAGUGCCCUGGAGAACAGCCCGUCUGCUCGCAUUGUGCACGACUAAAUCAGACUUGCACGUAUAUUUCUACCCGGCGCAUGUCUCCGAGGUUGUCUGAGACCCCGGCCAUUGAUGCGCGAUCGGAGAGCUCAAUCGAUGGCCCUCCGGGGAUGGAAUAUCGCCUUGGACAUCUAGAGGCACAGAUGACACAGGUUCUACAGAGCCUAGGACGCCAUGGUCAUGCAGACACCCCAUCCUAUCAGGACCACACAUCACCUUCUUUGCCAAAUUGGAAUACAAAUGAGCAGACUCUUCCUACAUGGGAAAAGGUGCUUGAAGUCGCGAAGGCUUUCUUGAUCUACUGUGACUGUCAGCCGCUCCCUCUAUUUCAUCGACAAACCUUUCUGGCGAACCUUGGCCAUCGCGACCCUGAAAUCAUAUUUGCGAUCCUGGCUUUAGCAACGAGGUUUUGUUCACCCGCAUUAAUAGACACCAUAAACGGUCAAACUAUGUCGCAGCAAAACCUUGUUGCUUAUUAUGUGGAAGCUGCACGCGAACGUGUUAUUAAGCGAGUUUUAAGUGGUCCGGUUGAAAUGUCCACGCUCCAGACCCUCUGUAUAUUGAGCAUGAUUGACAUUACAACACCAACAGAUGGUAAUACUCAUCGAGCAACUAUACAUAGCAGUCUCGCUUUAGAUCUCGCGAGAUGUGCCAACCUUGCCUUUGAACAAUCAUCUAUACAAAGUCAUGUCGUCAGGGAAGAACGUCGCAGAUGUUUUUGGAGCAUCUGUCUUUUACGUCGACUGCACGGCGAAGACGUGCACAUCCUGGAAUUUGCCAGCCAGGACAGCCUAACAAAGUAUCCCAAAAGUACAGGGACCGCGCCCGAUAUCACAAAGGUCGAUAAUUCAGGCAUCGAAGUACGAAUUGCCCGUGGGAUGAAAGAUGAAGGCAUUGUUUCGUACCUCUUACUACUCAGUGAGACAUUUUCCCGGACUGCCGCGUACGUCAAGCGCAGGGGCAAGCCUAGCGAUUUCCCCCCGUGGUCUCCACAGUCAGAAUACUCCAAAAUCAUCGCAUUGCAAAUGGAGAGUGAGACUCGUGUUCCUUAUGUUCACCGGUUUAAGUUUUCAGGUCUUGCGGACAGGUCUGCGGACGAUUUGCAGUCGAACCGUGAUUAUUGGGGUCCGUGGUUUCUCAAUCAAUUUAUGUAUCACACGAUUCUUUGCCUCCUGAACCACCCGCUGUUGCUUUCUUUGAGUCUCCGCAAUCAUCGAAGCACCAUCCCUGAGAUAUUUCUUCAACACUCAUCAGAUAUGAUCUCGACGCAUACUUCUUGGAUCGUAUAUUUUGUAAGGUAUUUUGAGGAAAAGACAUUUCGGAUAUCUGACCCGUUUUUGGGUUAUUGUGCUGCUGUUGUGGCAACCAUCGAACUGCAAUUAAGUUUCACGGAAGACGAGAAUAUUCGAAAGGACAAACAAGAGCGUUUUGGGAGCUGCUUGAGCUUUGUGCAGGACUUGGGAAAAGAGUGGCCACACAUGGCGAAAAUGGCCGAAAAGUUGAAGGCUUUGAACGGGGCAGUUUCUGCAUCGUAUGUUCCAUACACUCGAACACAGGACAAAAGUCUUGUGAUUGAUCUAUCUCGAUUCUGGGAAAUACUCGAUUAUUCGUCUGGCUUUUCGGACGACAGAGGUAGUCUGUUUGGAUCAACACUCUUUUCAGAAAGCACCAAGAGGGCUUCUGAAGUUUCUAGCACGACUCCGUUGCCUGAACCGACCAGGAUAGGAGUAUCAUCACGGACAGCAACAUAUACGACUCCUAGCAAUGUUGAGUUUGUCCAUCAGGAUGCUGAUCAUGGAUUCAAUACUGGACUGCUUCCUACGCAGUUAGGUAUUUACGGAGAUCAAUAUUCUAUGCUUGCCGAGAACUUUUUCAGCCAGGGCCAGGAUUUUCUUCGUACCACGGAAGAUUGGUUUACUGCAGGAAAUUUGUGA